UUUGUAGGUAAAAAGUAAAUUCUUAACAUUAAUGUUCAAGAGUUUCAGUAUUUCAUCACCAUCAAUCUAUACUAAAGGGAUGGCUGCAAAGUUACGUGUAUAUUAAGAGAAAUAUUGUUCAAGUUCUGCAUUCAUUGAACAAUUCACAAUUCACAGUUCAAAACCCUAGGGCCAUGGAGAUCCUCAUGACAAUGUCUCUACUCGUUCUUUUCGGUUUCUUCUCCUUCUUGAAGUUGGUUUUCCGAAGGAGAGACCAGUGCUGUUUUCUGCUGGAUUAUGAGUGCUACAAGGCGAAAGAAGACAUGAAGAUCAACAGCGAUUCCUGCGCGAAGAUCGUCUUGCGGAACAAGAAUCUAGGGUUGGAGGAGUUAAGGUUUCUCUUGAAAACCAUUGUCAAUUCCGGCAUUGGAGAAGAAACUUCCUGCCCAAGAAACAUAAUUGAAGGCCGAGAAGAAAAUCCAACCGGGGCAGACGAGCUUAAUGAAAUGGAUGGCAUCAUUUUCGACACACUUGACAAGCUUUUCGCAAGGAAUGCUGCAAUUCCUCCUUCACAAAUCGACAUCCUUGUUGUCAAUGUGUCGAUGUUCUCCCCCGCACCCUCACUAACGUCGCGCAUAAUAAACCGGUACAAGAUGAGGGAGGACAUCAAAAGCUUCAACCUCUCGGGAAUGGGCUGCAGCGCAAGCCUUGUUGCCAUUGAUGUUGUGCAGAACUUGUUCAAGUCGUAUAAGAACGCAAAUGCGGUCGUUGUCAGCACAGAAUCCUUAGCUCCAAACUGGUAUUGCGGCAAAGAAAAAUCCAUGAUGCUUACGAACUGUCUGUUCCGCUCGGGAGGGUGUUCGAUGCUGUUCACAAACAACAGAAACCUACAGCACCAAGCCAAGUUGAAGUUACAGCAUUUGGUACGUACCCAUAUUGGCUCGAACACUGAAGCGUAUGAAUGCUGCAUACAGCUAGAAGAUGAGAGUGGAUACCAAGGGUUUCGCCUCACCAAACACCUCACGAAAGCAGCAGCUAUGGCUUUAACGAUGAACCUCCAAGACCUAGUCCCAAAAGUGCUUCCACUGAGAGAAUUAUUUCUCUACCUGGUGGCCUCUAGGGUUCGGAAUAGAACUGGUACUAAAAGCCAAAAGCUAGAAGCAGUUGGUAUGGGGUUAAAUCUCAAGGCAGGAAUAGAGCAUUUCUGCAUUCACCCUGGUGGAAGAGCAAUCAUAGAUGGGAUUGGGAAGAGCUUAGGUCUAACUGAUUAUGAUCUUGAGCCGUCUAGAUUGACACUUCACCGGUUUGGCAACACGUCAACAGCCGGAUUUUGGUACGCUUUGGGAUACAUGGAGGCAAAGAAGAGGCUUAAGAAGGGCAACAAAAUUCUGAUGAGUGGAUUUGGAGCAGGUUUUAAGUGCAACAACACUGUGUGGGAAGUAUUGAAGGACUUGGAUGAUGCCAAUGUUUGGAAAGACUGCAUAGAAAGUUACCCUCCUAAUAAUACUCUGGGCAAUCCCUACAUGGAGAAGUAUAGUUGGCUCAAUGACGAAUAUCUAAGCUUUGUUAGGCUCGAUUUCUCCCAAAUUUUCGCUUAAACUUGCUUUUUCCCAGUUAAUUUUCGUCAUUUUCUUUAUUUGUAUGCUGCAUGGUGUGUGAUUUUGGUUAAUGUUUGUGAGCUGCUUGAAGGGUUUGUAUAAUUUCUUCAACAUAAUAGUACAAUCAUUGUGUUUGAAAA